AUGACUCUGACAGGUCUGGAAGUGCCUUACAAAGCCAGGUCAGGACUAGCGAUCACGUUUGAUCUGAGCCACCUAGUUCAGAAAGAAGCACCUGCCAGAACCAGUCAAGCUAAGGAAUACUGUGAACUGCUUGAGCUUCCUGACAAUGAAGAAAACCAAAGGGACUGUUCCAAGAGUGAAGCUCUUUUUUCCUAUGAUCAUGAACUGAAAGGCUGCAGAACUUCCCUCCUACCUCCCAUUCACGUGAUCUCUCCAGGAAACCCCAAAGCAGCAGCACAGUUUGCCAAACUAGGUAACUGUGAGAAUGAGAACGACAUAUUUGCAAAAGAACACGAUGCACACAGUAUGAUGGAAGAAGCAAGAGUAAGAUGUAAAGCAACAUUUUGCUGUACAGACACAGUGUUUUAUGAGAACUCAUGGAUGCCCCCGGAGUCUUGUUUUGCUGAGCUUGUCUGUGAGCACGCCAGCACCCCAUCAAACAGUCGAGAAAUGUAUUCCAGCACUCAUGAUGACACCAAAUCUGGUUGGGAGGCGGGUGAGGGGGGGGCGUUUGUGUGCGGGUUUUUUUGUGUGUGGGAAAGCCGAGUUCACCCGGCAGCAGACACGCUGAAAAAGACAUCAAAGAGGCACAAAGAAAACAAACCGGGGAUCGCCGAGCGACGGCAGACAGUCCCCUUCUGCCGGCUCUGCCCUGCUCUGCCCUGCCUGGGAAGGUCGGCUCAGACAGCCUCCGCCGUGGGCCUCUCCGCUGGCGUGGCCAAUGUUGCGGGCGGACAGACCGUCCCUCCUCUUCUGCGCCGUCCCCCGCGGCCUCUCCGCCGCUUCAGGCGUCUUCGUUGUCCCCCUCGGGCCCGCCUGAAAGCGGCAUCGUUUAGUUAUGGUGGGUGGGGAGCGGGAGGGGGAGUGGUUCAGAGGCGAGACUGGCCCUGGGGGCGCGGGCAGGUGCGCCUUGGGCAGCUUGUGAGGGCGGCUGGCCGGGCUGCUGUGGCUAAUGGAGAUGGGUAUUCUCUGUUUUAUAACCACUUGAAGAACAUUGAGGAAAAUGAAGGAGGCCUUGAUAAAUUUUCAAAAAGUUACAAAACCUUUGGAGUUAACCAAUUGUUGGAUGGUGGAAUAUAUUGCAGAGAGUGGGCACCGGGAGCAGAAGCAGUGUUUCUCACAGGUGACUUCAAUGACUGGAAUCCAUUUUCUCAUCCAUAUAAGAAGUUGGAGUAUGGGAAGUGGGAGUUGUUCAUUCCACCAGGACAAGAUGGUUGUCCUCCUGUGCCCCAUGGAUCAAAGCUAAAGGUGGUGAUAAGUGCUCAAAAUGGCGAUCUCCUCUACCGUAUUUCACCUUGGGCCAGAUACGUAGUCCGUGAUGAAGACAAAGUGAAUUAUGAUUGGGUACACUGGAGUCCGCCACAGUCAUAUAUACAUAAGCAUCCUUCCCCCAAGAGAUUAAAAAGCCUAAGAAUCUAUGAAUCUCACGUGGGGAUUGCUUCCCCAGAAGGAAAAGUAGCUUCUUAUAAAAACUUCACAUACAAUGUACUACCUAGAAUAAAGGAUCUUGGAUAUAACUGUGUCCAGCUGAUGGCUAUUAUGGAACAUGCAUACUAUGCCAGUUUUGGUUAUCAGGUCACAAGUUUCUUUGCAGCAUCAAGCCGCUAUGGAACUCCAGAUGACCUGAAAGAAAUGAUUGACGUUGCUCACUCAAUGGGGAUCACUGUUCUGCUGGAUGUUGUGCACAGCCAUGCAUCAAAAAACUGUGAAGAUGGUCUCAACAACUUUGACGGUACAGAUUCUUGUUUCUUCCAUUCUGGUCCUAAGGGAACUCAUCAGCUUUGGGACAGCAGGCUCUUUGACUAUGCAAACUGGGAAGUUUUGAGAUUCCUUUUGUCUAAUUUGAGAAUGUGGAUUGAAGACUAUGGUUUUGAUGGCUUCCGAUUUGAUGGUGUUACAUCUAUGCUGUAUCACCAUCAUGGGAUUGGCACAGGAUUCAGUGGAGGUUACCAUGAAUAUUUUGGCCUACAUGUGGAUGAGGAUGCUUUGUGUUACUUAAUGCUGGCCAACCACAUGAUUAAUUCCUUGCAUCCUGAAUGCAUAACCAUAGCAGAAGAUGUUUCUGGAAUGCCAGCUCUUUGUCGUCCUGUUGAAGAGGGAGGAGGAGGUUUUGAUUAUCGACUAGCAAUGGCUAUUCCAGAUAAGUGGAUACAGAUAAUUAAGGAGCUGAAAGAUGAAGACUGGAAUAUGGGCAAUAUUGUCCAUACAUUAACAAAUAGACGGUAUGAAGAAAAAUACAUUGCAUAUGCAGAGAGUCAUGACCAGGCGCUUGUUGGUGAUAAGACAUUGGCAUUUCGACUGAUGGAUGCAGAGAUGUAUACAAACAUGAGUGUGCUCUCGCCUCUUACUCCAGUUAUUGAUCGUGGAAUACAGCUUCAUAAAAUGAUUCGUCUCAUUACUCAUGCACUUGGAGGAGAGAGUUAUCUAAAUUUCAUGGGUAAUGAAUUUGGACAUCCAGAAUGGCUUGACUUCCCCAGAAUAGGGAAUAAUGAGAGCUACCACUAUGCCAGAAGACAGUUUAAUCUUACUGAAGAUCAUCUUCUUCGCUAUAGAUUCCUAAAUUCAUUUGAUAGAGAUAUGAAUAAAUUGGAAGAAAGAUUUGGCUGGCUUGCAUCUCCCCCGGCCUAUGUGAGUGAAAAGCAUGAAUCAAAUAAGGUCAUAGCAUUUGAGAGAGCAGGUCUUGUUUUUAUUUUCAAUUUCCAUCCGUAUCAAAGUUACGUGGACUACAGAGUGGGUAUUGAAACUCCAGGAAAAUAUCCUUUUCUUUACUUAAAUUUUAAGUAUAAAAUCCUUCUUGAGUCUGAUGCUGCAGAAUAUGGAGGUCAUCAAAGGCUGGACCACAAUACGGAGUACUUCUCUGAAGAAUAUCCCCACAAUUAUCGACCUUAUUCACUUAUGCAACUCAAUUCACAGACCACCUUCAGACAACACCCCAGAAGAUGCCACAAGCGCCACAUAGGAGUGUACAUUCCAAGCAGAGUGGCUCUUGUACUUCAGAAUGUGGAUAUCCCAAAAUGA